AUGGAAGCAGGGAAAAUGCAAGCCGAAGUGGAAAAGCUAGAUAACUCAUCAGAAGACAAGCCCAACCAAGACAUGGGAAGAGACCAGAAUGAACUGACCAGUACCUUGGAGUUGAAAAUCUCCCAAAACCCAUCAGACUGCUGGAAGUUGUUUAUUGGCGAGAUGUGGAAGCUCUUCGUCGAUGGGGCCUCCAACAGACAUGACGCCGAGCUGGGUAUCGUGCUGACUUCGCUGGACAGGCUGGUUAUCAAGCAAGCAAUUACGCUCGGCUUCCCAGCGUCCAACAAUGAGGCAGAAUAUGAGGCCCUCCUUGCCAGAUUGAGAAAUGCAUUAAGAAUGAAAGCAUCGACUCUUAUGGUAUUCAGCGACUCCAAGCUGGUGGUCAAUCGAGUCUCUGGGGAGUAUGAAGCCAGGGACGAAAGAAUGGCCAAAUAUCAGGCGCUGGUGCACGCAAAAAUCAAAAAGUUCACCGCAAUAAGAGUGGAAAAAAUCAGCCGCGAAGAAAACAACACGACUGAUGAACUGGCCGGCCUUGCAUCCACGCAAACAGCUUUUCCCAAUCCAUUGAUGAUAGAACUCCUACCUCAGCCAAGCAUUGAGGAACCAGAAGUGUCCGAAGUACUUUGCGCUAACUUAAGACCAUCCUGGAUGGACCCCGUCAUCACCUUCCUAAAAGAUAAAAUUCUACUAAAAGAAAAGAAGGCAGCCAACAAAAUGCAGGCCAAAUCAGAACGGUUUUGGCUCUUUCCAUCUAGAGCCUUGUACAAGAAGUCUUUCACCGGGCUGUAUCUGAAAUGCGCCCACCCCGACAAGGUGGAAGCUUUCCUCUAUGAGGUUCAUGAAGGCAUUUGCGAGAGUCAUACUGAGGGCAUGUCUUUGGCUUACCGAGCGAUUUCCCAGGAUUAUUGGUGGCCGUGCAUGCAGGCGGACGCGCAGAAAUACGUUCGCAAGUGUGAAAAAUGUCAAAAAUUUGCUCACCAAAUCCACUGGCCGGCCAGAGAAUUGCUCUCCCUUACAAGUCCUUGGUCGUUCGCGCUUUGGGGAUUGGAUAUUGUGGGACCACUCCCAAUAGCGUCAGGCAACCGCAAGUUCUUCAUCGCUGCUACCAACUACUUCACCAAGUAG